AUGAAAGAUUUAAGAACUUAACAAAUGGUAGAUAUAUUGAAUGAUGAAUUAGAAGAGAGUAGAAGAUAGAAUGAUAAUAAAGAUUAAAUUUUAGCAACAGUUUUUCAUGAUUUUAAGACUCCUAUUAAUGGGAUUUCAACUAUAGUAGAAGCUAUGGAAGAGAAAUUUGAUACAAAUGCAUAAUAGAAAUACUAUUUAAGAAUAAUAAAGAAAAAUGUAUAUUUAAUGUUGUACAUGAUUUAAGAUAUUUUGGAUUUUGCUAGGAUUCAAAAAAAUUAAUUAAGAUUAAGCAUUAGUGAUUUCUAUUUGAAUGAAAUUAUAGAAGAAGUAGUCGAAUUAGUAGCUAUCUAAGCAGAGUAAAAGGGAGUUGUGAUUACUACGCAUUAUGAUUUACCUACAUAUUAGAUAUACAGUGAUCCAAAUAGAAUUAAGUAAGUAUUAAUGAAUUUUAUUUCUAAUUCAUUAAAGUUUACUGAAUCAGGAUCUAUAAAAAUAUCAGUUACUUCUCAUUAGACAGAUAAAUCUUAACAUAUUAUCAGAACAGGUUCAUCUAAAAACAUGUUUAGUCAAUAAUAAAAUUAAUAAACAAUAGGAUAGUUAAGGAAACAAUUAUCUGGUAGAUCCGUAAAAUCAGUUAGUGGAUCUAAUCGGAUGAUAUAUACAAUUUCAAUAACUGAUACAGGAUGUGGUAUAUCUGAAUUGAUUAAACCAAAGUUGUUUAAUAUGUUUGCAACAUUUUCAAGUAAAGAAGUACAAAAUAAAUGUGGUACAGGAAUUGGAUUAAUGGUUUGUAAGAAAUUAAUAAAAUUACUGGGACCAUCUGAGAAUAUAGAUCUUUGGAGUGAAUAAAAUAGAGGAACUAAGAUGUCAUUUCAAAUAUAUUCUAGAUUAUCAGAUGAUCCGAAAAGAUCUCCAAAUUAUAUUAGUGUAUUUAAAUAAGAGAGUAGUUCUAAGAAUUUUAAUAUGGAGAGUCAUUCGUAAUUUGAUGAUUAAUAAUCAAUUCAAUAAACAUUUGUUCGAUCAUCCUUAUUAUAUGUUUAUUAAAGACAAGUUGAUAAACAUGAUACAGAUCAAGAUUAAGAUUUUCAUCCUGAAUAAGAAGAUAUUGAUCAAUAGAAGUUUAAUAAUAUAAAUUAUAUGAAGAAUCAACGUUCACCAGCUGUGAGUAAUAUUAAAAUUAAAGAAUAAAUGCUUGAUGAUUCCUAAGAUAUUAUAGAUCCAAGACAUCGUUUAUAAAAGCUAUUAUAAAAUAAACCUCAUUUUUCAAUUUUAAUAGUUGAUGAUGAACCAUUUAAUGUUUUGGCUUUGAAAUUGUUAUUAUAAGAUAUAUCUUCUAAUAUAACAUUUUUAGAAGCAUAUAAUGGUUAACAAGCUAUAACUAAAUUGAUAAACUUUUAGAAAUAAAAAAAUAUAAAAUAUGUUUUUAUGGAUUUAUUAAUGCCAAUAUUAAAUGGUUGGCAAGCCACAAAAAUGAUUAGAGAAAUGGUAUAUAAUAUUAUAAAGGCUAGAUAUUAAAAAAGUAAGUAGAUGAAGUGAAUGUUAUAGCAAUUUCAGGUUAUGACGAUUAAAAUGAGUAAGAAAGAUGUGGUAAUAUUGGAUUUGAUGCUUUUAUUACUAAACCUGUAAGAUUAGAGAUGAUAACUGAAGUAUUUGUGUAAUUAGAGAAAGUUUGA